AUGGCGCACAGCAACGACAAAAACAACACGGCAAGUGCGUCGGCAGGGGCUUUGGAAGCUGGGCUCGAUCCUGGACUUACAUCCGAUUCCUCGGACGUCUCGGGCGUCGAUAACCCUGACCGUGAUCUAGGUCGGCUGCCGUGGCUCUGUGUAGCAGGGUCUGCGAUGUUUUUGGUCUGUACUUUCGGAUUCAUGCAAGGCAUAGGCACUAUUCAAGUCUACAUUCAGCUAAACCAGUUAAAUGACUACACAACUCGGGACAUCGGCUGGAUUGUAGGUUUAUACACAUCUCUAAGCCUUCUCCUCGGACUGCAGGCGGGGCCUCUGAUGGACCGCUACGGGCCACGGCUUCUAGCGCCUGCUUCGGCUGCCAUGAAUAUCUCCAUGGUCUUCCUUCUGGCCGAGUGCACGCAAUACUGGCAUUUUAUGCUUUGCUUAGGGCUACUGGGUGGAAUUGGCGCCGCCACUACUACAACGGUGGCUAUCUCCACGAUCAGCAAGCUAUUUACCUAUCGCCACGGGGCCGCAAUGGGAUGUGCUUUCUCCGGCUCCUGUCUCGGCGGUGUAUUCUUCCCUCUUAUUUUGCAGGCUAUACUCCCUAAAUGGGGGUGGACUUGGUCAAUUCGAGUCCUGGCCUUCAUCGUCACCGGCCUCAUGGUUGGGGGCUGUUUAUGCUACCUGCCCGCUGCUAGACUUAUCGUUAAAGCAGAGAGCGGGACGGCACCUGAGUAUAAGGCUUCGUCGGUGAUUCCUAACCUCGAACCCUUUAGGUCUCUGCCCUUCACGUUCAUUACGUUGGGGUAUUUCCUGCUAGGGUUCGCCAUGUUCGGUAUCAAUGGACUACUUCCUACUUUCGCUAACCGAAGUGGGUUCACUGAAUCGGCGGGCUAUACCUUAGUCGCAUUGUCGAAUGGGUUCUCGCUCCUUGGACGCCUGCUACCCGGUAUUGUAUCGGACUAUAUCGGCUGUUUUAAUGUACUCCUUAUUAUGGUACCCCUGACCUUCAUUUGCACGGCAUCGCUGUUCGUGCCCCUUGAUACCAGCUCGAUCGGGCCUUUCUACGCUUUCGCCUGUCUGUGGGGAUUCGGUUCAGGCUGUAUUGGAAAGACAUGCCGGUCCGAGAAUUUCGGCAGGUAUUAUGGUGAAGUUCUGGAAACGUCUGGCCACACAGCGGCAUCUGGCUUGUUCUUGGCCGUUGUUGGUCUAGGUGGCAUCAGUGUAUUCGUUUCCAAAUCCUUGCUGGUCGGAAGCUUCACAGCCUUGACUGCGAGGGCUUGA